UCCACGCAUCCAGAGCGACUCGACUCGGCGCCAAAACCCAAGAUAGAAUUCCCCCCAGUGCAACAGCCAUGUUGAACUUCUGCCGUCAUAGCCACACAGCUUCCAGCAUCCUUUGGUCACCGCUCAUCUUGGUCUUGGCGCUGCUGUUUUGUGAAGUAGCGGCUCAGGAGGACGUUCAGACCCAGUCCCCUGCCCAGGUGCUCAAGGACCUGUUGGCCCGCCAUGGAGACAACAGCACUAUCACUGUGCCACAGCUGCGCUCCCUACUGGCCCUUCUGAGCCAGGGCCAAAGCGACGGCCAGGCCCACGUGGGACACCAGGAUGUGACCAUCACGACAACGCCCCCCAAACUGAACAAAUCCAAGUGCUUGCCAGAGGAUACCUUAGCCAUCUACAGGAUGGAUGAGCAGUCUCGUCUCGAUGGGCGGGACUUGCAGGAGUUGUGCCCCACCAUGCUGCAGCAGUUGGAUGCCGGUGCGUGCCACGCCCACAAUCAAGACGAGCUGAGCAGCGAUGCCUCGCCAAGACCAACUGAUGGUGAAGUGUGGGGCUAUGGAUUCCUGAGUGUGACGCUCAUCUCGCUGUGCUCGCUGUUGGGGGCCUGCGUGGUGCCCUUCAUGAAGAAAACCUUUUACAAGCGUCUGCUACUAUUCUUCAUUGCGCUGGCCAUCGGCACGCUGUACUCAAACGCCCUUUUCCAGCUCAUCCCAGAGGCCUUUGGCUUUGAUCCUAUGGUCAACUUCUACGUGUCGAAGUCUGCGAUGGUGUUUGGAGGCUUUUACCUCUUCUUCUUCACCGAGAAGAUCCUCAAGAUGCUCCUCAAGCAGAAGCACACGGGUCACGGCCACAGCCAUUACUCCAGCGCUGAGCACUACUCUGCACCCGACAGAGACGUGGAGGAGGGUGAGAAGGUGCAGCAGAAUGGGGAGAUGAGCGGCAGCCAUGCUGUGGGCAAAAUGGACGCCGGUGAGGGCGAGCUCAUGCUGAGGCCCUCACAGACACCGCAGGACUCGCAGAGUGUGGAUGGUGGCGGGGGGCGGGCCAGCAGGAGCGCCGGCAGCUGCUAUUGGCUUAAAGGAACGCCGUACUCUGACAUUGGCACACUAGCCUGGAUGGUCACGUUGAGUGAUGGUCUGCACAACUUCAUCGAUGGCCUGGCCAUCGGCGCCUCCUUCACUGCCUCAGUCUUUCAGGGCAUCAGCACAUCUGUGGCAAUUUUGUGCGAGGAGUUUCCCCACGAGCUUGGUGAUUUUGUAAUCCUGUUGAAUGCUGGCAUGAGCAUCCAGCAGGCGCUCUUCUUCAACUUUGUGUCGGCUUGCUGCUGCUACCUGGGGAUGGCCUUUGGCAUCCUGGCCGGAAACAGCUUCUCCCCCAACUGGAUCUUCGCCUUGGCGGGGGGGAUGUUCCUCUACAUUUCUCUGGCGGACAUGUUCCCCGAGAUGAACGAGGUGAGUCGCGAGGAGGAAGACGCCGGUGGCAGCAGCUUCCUGCUCACGUUCGCCAUCCAAAACGCCGGCCUGUUGACGGGCUUCGCCAUCAUGCUGCUGCUCACCACCUACUCUGGAGAGAUCCAGCUGGUUUAGCCGCUAUUUUGGCUCACCGAUGUCAUGUGACUAACUGACAAUGGCAAACUUUCAGAAAGUGACGAGAGCAAACGGUCUGGUUACUGCUAAGUUCUUCUUUUCUUUUUCGUCUUGGGUUUCAAAUCAAACCAAAUAGGCCUUUUUUCCCCCCCUACGUGACAUCAGCUCCUCUCCCAUUGCUAAAACUACACUAAAACUUUUUCUCUCUUUGUUUGUUAAUAGACAAUUUACAAUAUACAGGAAUAUUUUUAUAUUAAUUCUAAUUGAUAAUCAUCACAAUUAUUGAUUAAUAAUGUGUAUUAUAUUAUAAACUGAUAAUGGACAAUUUACUAAAUUACAAAAUGACUUAAUUCAUUUGUAUUAAUAAUUCUGUUGUAAAUAUCAGUUAAUUUAUGAUUAUUGUGAAAAUGAAAUAUAUUACCUCAUUGUAAUUAAUAUAAUACUUUAUAAUUCAUAUGAUUUUAAACAGACAAUAAUGAUAAUAGACAAUUUAAUAUCAUCACAUUUAUGUAAUUAGUUUACACCCAUUACGUUAUUAAUGAAUGAAUUAAAAUUUGAACUCAUGUGAGGUGCACAUUCAUUUGGGGCCAAGUCCUUUUUUUGCAUGCGCCUGGCUUUCAUACCUUCAAGUGACGCGUAUUCUCCUGUAAUGACUUCUAAACUGUGACACAACCAAUGUCACUCUAUUUCCUGGAGCGUGGCGUUUUCCUUCGAUGUGAAUGCCAUAGAAAUUAAUUUGGAAAAUAUAUCAGUAGAGCUGUCAUGAUCGCAUCUUUUUGCAAUCGAUUAUCCUCUAGAUAUUUUGUCGACGAAAUGAGUUUUAAUUUAUUUAUUUUUUUAACUACAAACAUGCAUUUUAUUCUCAUUUAUGAGGGCUGGACUUCUGUCCUUAAACUGCAUAUGUUGGUACUGAGUGUAUGGUAUAAACUGCACAGAAUUUGAGACAACAAAAUCAGCCUUUGCUAAACGGUUAGCAUUCGUGAUUUGCAUUAGCUCGCUACCGAUUAACAUUUUAGGUAACACCUCUUAACUACCAUUCAGCAUACAUCAUUUUAUAUGUACAUUACACAUCUAAGAGUGUCUUAAAAUCACUUACAUACGCUCCUCUGUCAUUUUUGGUAAGGUUUAUCAGUGGACCAACAUUGCGUCCGUCUUCAAUAAAUGUCCGUCUGGUAAACAUGGACAGUGGCCAAAUGGUUCAAAUGCUUUCCAUCCAUCCAUUUUCUGACCUGCUUAUCCUCACUAGGGUCGCGGGUGUGUUGGCGCCUAACUCAGCUGACUUUGGGCAAGAGGUGGGGUACACCCUGACUGGUUGCCAGCCAAUUGCAGAGCACACAUCGACAAACAAUCAUUCACAUUCACACAUACGGGCAAUUUAGAAUCUUCAAUUCAAAUUCUUCAAAUUAUGUAUUUAUUGGACUUAGACUCGAUGCGAAGACACACUUUUUUGUCACUUUUAUGUAAUUUUUUUGUUCGUUCAGUGUUUACUGGCCUGUGUCAUUGACAAGGUUUAUUUCCAGAGAGUUACUGAUGCCGUUACAUACUUUAGCUGCAGCAUAACAUAUUUAUAUCAUGUGAAGAAGAUGCAGUAUGAUUUAUCAGCAUGGAAAGUGGCAUUAAGGUAGUAAAUGGAUGAUAAGCUCAGUGCUAUCUUUGCUGCUGCUUGACACGGAAAGUGUUCAUGGGAGAUUACUUAUUGCUUCUUUUAUGCUUUCUACAACAGCCAUGUAAGCAGGACAUUCUCUCUUAUUUUUUUUGUAUCCUGUAAUAAUGUUGAAAUGUUUCAAAACGUCGUGUGUAAGCAGGCCUGCCACACACUUUGAUGGUGUUACUGUGACUUCCAAUCAACUGAAUUGAUUGUUCACAUUUGUGACCAUGCAACAUUUAGAAGACACCAAACCUUUCGGUGUGCCCCCCCCCCCCCCCCCAAUUCUUUUUGAGUUUUCUAGAUACGAAUAAAAUAUAAAUUUUUCAAGAAAAUCAUUACUGUGUGCUAUAAGAUGACUUUAUACUUGAACAAUAAAAGAUUUUCCAUGAAUGUCUCU